GUUCGCCUUCUACAUGAUCCUAAUGGCAAGGCUCGACUCAUUCCAUCGCAGAUGCUUGAAGAACGUCGGCAGGCUUUUAAUCAGGAAAAGUUACAAGGUACCUUGAUUAAAAUUAAGGAAUAA